AUGAGUCUCUUCGGCCUUGGAAGCAACAAGAACCAGAGGACAUUUCGGCCGAAGAAAAAUGCACCAUCUAGUAAUAAGGGUGUACAGCUGAAAAAGCAUAUUGAUGCAACCUUAGGAAGUGGUAAUUUGAGAGAUGCAGUUCGACUGCCUCCGGGGGAGGAACUCAAUGAAUGGCUAGCUGUUAACACUGUUGAUUUCUUCAAUCAGGUCAACAUCUUAUAUGGCACUCUAAUAGAGUUCUGUACACCUGCUACAUGUCCUACUAUGACAGCCGGAUCCAAAUUUGAGUACAGAUGGGCUGAUGGAGUGCAGAUAAAGAAACCAAUCGAAGUUUCGGCACCAAAGUAUGUGGAGUAUUUGAUGGACUGGAUUGAGGUCCAACUCGACGAUGAGUCACUUUUCCCCCAGAAACUUGGAACCCCUUUCCCACCAAAUUUUCGGGAAGUUGUGAAGACAAUAUUUAAGCGACUUUUCCGUGUUUAUGCUCAUAUUUAUCACACACAUUUUCAAAAGAUUGUGAGCCUCAAAGAAGAAGCCCAUCUUAACACCUGCUUCAAGCAUUUUACAUUGUUCACAUGGGAGUUCAAAUUGAUCGACAAGGCUGAGCUCGCGCCACUUAUUGAUCUAAUUGAAUCCAUUGUGACAGUUAGCUAA